UCCGCCCACUGUUGUACAAUUAACCACCUGCUGCCUAGAGACGAAGCUGGGAACACAUAGAAACGGCAGGCGCCGAAGUGACUGUGAGAUUUAACUCUGUUAAAAAGAUGGCAAUGAAGCCAUGCCAAAAAUUCAGUGUGUCUGACUGGAACACAAACAAUCAGUUGCUUUGCAACACAGCAGAGAAUGAAAGAGCAAUCUCCCAUGAUGUGCGUCAGGAGGCACAAAUGCUACGCAAUGAAACAUUUAUACAGACCAAAUGGGAUGAGCAAGAUACCAGAACUAGGUUGACUAACAGAUCUGAAGAUAUAAGAAGGUGGAUAGACAAUCUAGAAAAGGGCUUACAUGAUGUGAACAUAGAAAUAGAAGCUCUAAAAUUGGUGAAAGAUGAAGCAGAGAGAGCAGUGGCUGCAACAUCCAUUCCUCUAGAAGUAUCUAAGGAGUGUCUGACUAUGCGAGAUGGUCGUCGUAGCAAUGAUUUGGUGCGUGACCCAGUGGAGAUUCAACUCCAGUGUGAGAUGGAAACAAGUGGAAAAGCACAACAAGUCCUGCAGAAGAGUGUGCAACAGAUAUUUGAACAGCUAUGCUUGCUACAGGAGGCCCGACAACAACUUGAAUUUGACUUGCAAAACAAGAAAGAGGCUCUAGAUAUUGAUAUGACCUGCCUAAAUUUUGAGUUAUUCUCUCCAGAGGUGUCACUUAAACCAAAUUCUACACGUGUUCCUAGUGGGUCAACAACUCCACAGCAAUGGGAGCAGUUUAGUCACUACAACUUAAAUCGAGCUUUAGAAGAAGUCAAAGCUUCUGUACAUUUAAGGGAAGCCACAAUGGUGUCCAUAGCACAGGCUUCUAAUGAACUUGAAGCUCAGCGUGUUGCUGCUAACUUUGCGCUCCGGAAGCGCGAGCAUGAGUUGAAAAGGACAUUGGAUGAACUUUUAUGGCAGCAGAAAAAUACUAAAACAGAGGUGGAAGAGAUGGAAGCUGAUGUGCGAGCUUUAGAAGAAGACCUCAUGGCUAAAAUGGCACCAUUGAAAUUAGCUCAAACCCGUUUGGAGACAAGAACUUACCGUCCUGGAGCAGAUCUAUGCAGAGAUCAGGCACAGUAUGGUCUAACAGAUGAAGUACAACAAUUGGAGAGGACAAGAAAUGAACUGAAACAGAAACUGGCACAGUCUCAGAGUACCCUGAAUGUACUAUAUACUCAAUUUGCUCAUAUUAAUGAUGAAAUUGCCUGCAAAACCCAUUCACUAACCUUGGAGAAACAUGUCCUAGAAAUACGUCACCGCCUUUCCCCAUCUCUGGAGAAGUCCCUUCCACUGACUGAAGAUAAUCAUUCUAUGUCUGAAAUUCUUACUCAUUUUAAGACUCAGCACUCUGAUCUAGAGUAACAAAAGUGCUUUCUGAUGCUUGGGUUUGCAAGUUAUUUUAUUUUUAUGGUAAUAUUUAACAAGAUAUGAGUUGUCUGAUGUACUAAAAUGUUUUUGUUUAACUGAAGAAUAAAGUUUGAUCUCAUCUUAUAGGUUUUCUGUACAAUGUCAGUUAACAUGUAUGUUUUUUGCUUCUAAAAUAAAAAUACUUCAAACCCU